CUGACCCGACCCGAUGUAUAGAAAAUUGAAGAGACCAGAGACGCGCCUCUAUUCACGCGUUCUUUCUUCCAUCUUCACGCUCUCAGUUCACUCAGAAAAACCCUAACAAAUUCAUCUGUUCCAUUCGUGUUUCUUCUCCAUCUACCAUAGAGAAUCAAAUUCCCAAAAGGAAGGAUUCAGAGUAGAAGAGAUGGGUGGCGAAUCGAAUUACGAGAUUCAUCAAAACGCUUACAUCAAGUUAAUCCUUCAUGCCCUUAAACACAAGACUUCCUCCGUCAACGGUGCUCUUCUCGGCCGCAUCUCCGGCAACGGUGACAACGUUGAAAUUAUUGAAUCCGUUCCUUUGUUCCAUUCUCAGAUUGGUCUACUUCCACCACUCGAAAUUUCGCUUAUCAUGAUUGAAGAGUUCUAUGCUGACAAAGGUUUGAGUAUUGUGGGUUAUUUUCACGCAAAUGAAAGAUUUGAUGAUUUCGAGGUCGGAAAUGUGGCCAAGAAUAUUGCAGAUCAUAUCUACAAAUAUUUCCCUCAAGCUGCUUUACUUCUGUUGGAUAACAAGAAGCUUGAAGCUUUACUGAAGGAGGGGAAAGACAGGAGUCCAGUGAUGCAGCUUUACACUAAGGAAGUAUCUAGGUGCUGGAAACUAGCGGGAGCGGACGCAGCAAGCAGCUCUCUGAAAAUUAAAGAGCCAUCUGCAAAUAUUGUCCUUCUGGAUUAUGUCUCGUCAGGGAAAUGGAAGGACAUCGUUGAUUUCGAUGACCAUCUGGAUGACAUUAACAAGGACUGGCUGAACCCAGAGCUCUUCAAGUGAGAGAAUGUCCGCGGAGGAUGACGGUUGUCCUGUUGCCAUGUGAUAUUUGCUGUUUUCAUCCCUCUCGACGUAGUUCGUUCUGAGUUUAUGAAAGGGAAGAAGAAUCUAAUGGGUUCUGAAUUUGCAAGAGGGAUGAAGAUUACCAAAUGACGGGGUUCAUAUUCUCGCCGCAAAAGUAUGCAUUUAUUUCUAAUAGGUUAAACUUAAUUCUUGAGCAAGGCAACUCAAUUAAUUUUGUAUGAAAUGGAACAAUAAGUUUAAUUUGGGACUCAAAAAUCAUUUAGUUUAUGCAAUUACUGUUCAAAUUUAAUGAUAUGUUCCUGAAAUUUGAACCAAA